AAAAAACCAAGUCGCGACCAUAGCUUAUGAAAGCUCCAGGUUGCGACUAACGGCGUCGACCGACCACGUAAAUCGCCGAGCUCCCCUUGAGCCAUUGUGCGCAUGCACCCCUCGCAACCAACUCAAUAACCGUGACACAAGACUGACGGUAGCGAACCUCGAGAUCGCCUGUCUCUUCUACCAAUAAGCGCCAUCGCACCGAGCGCCGGCGCCAUGGACAUCCAUCGGUGCCGCUUCGUUCCGUUUCCGACGUCGUCGAUCAACAGCCUCGCCUUCAACCGCCCCUAUAUCUCUGCUGCCGACAAGGCGCAGAAGCAGAUCCCCAUCCGCCUGGCCGUCGGCAGGGAGAAUGGCGACAUCGAGAUCUGGGACCCCCUGGAGGGCGCCUGGCACCAGGAGGUCAUAAUCCACGGCGGCAUGGGCCGCAAAGUCGACGCCCUCGUCUGGGCCACGGAGCGCGACGAGCCGCUCGCAGACGGCGGCAUCGCUUUCGGGAAGUCUAGGCUCUUCAGCAUCGGCGGCGGCCCGACCGUGACCGAGUGGGAUCUGGCCAAGGGCAAGGCGCGGAAACAUGCCAGCGGCCAGCACGGCGAUAUAUGGUGCCUCGGGCUCCAGCCUGCCCCGCAGGGCCAGAGUCCAAACCGCCUGGUGGCCGGCACCGGUGACGGUUGCCUGGUCCUGUACUCGAUAGAAGACGAUGACCUACGCCUCCAGAGAAUCCUGGUGAAGUCACCGUCCAAGAAGAUCCACUUCGUCAGCAUCGCCUUCCAGUCCCGCCACAUCGUCGCGGUCGGGUGUUCCGACGCUAGCAUACGGGUCUACGAUGUCAGGAACGGCUCUGUGGUCCGGAAGAUGACGCUUGGUCGCGACCUCGCAGGCGGAUCCAAGGAUGUCAUCGUUUGGUGCGUCAAGGCGCUGCCAAACGGCGACAUCGUCUCCGGAGACUCGACCGGCCAGGUCUGUAUAUGGGACGGCAAGACGUACACACAGGCCCAGCGCAUUCAGAGCCACAGCCAAGACGUCCUGAGUCUGUCAGUCAGCGCCAAUGGCUCCGCUAUUGUCAGCGGCGGCAUGGACAAGAAGACCGUCUUGUAUAAGCGUAUGUCUAGUCAGAACGCCCGCUGGGCCAAGGUCUUCCAUCGGAGAUACCACGCCCACGAUGUCAAGGCCAUGGCCGCAUUCGAGGGUAGAGGAAUGAGCGUUAUUGUCUCUGGAGGCUCUGAUGCUUGCCCUAUUGUCAUCCCCCUCAGGGAAGCAGGACUGGAAAACCACAGGACGCUGCCGCACUUGCCGCAGGCUGUUCCCGUGGCGAGCGCACCAGAGGCCCGUGUCGUCGUAAGCUGGUGGGGCAGAGAGAUCCAGAUCUGGAGGCUGCCAGAACGCACACCGGACCCUGUUGGUCUCGACGGCGAGCUCGAGGGAUCACAGCCUCCCAAGGCCCUCAAGAGGAUGCUGAUCAAGGGCAACUCGGACAUCACGUCCGCAUCCGUUAGCAGCAACGGAUCCCUCUUGGUCGUAUCUACGGCAGCCGAGCUCAAAUUGUUCCAGCUGGACUUCGAGUCAUCCAUUUCCGCCAGAGAGGAGCUCCGGGUCACCAGAAUAACCUUGCCUGAAAGCGUCGCAAACCUGGGCGCAACACUUUCCCGGGUAUCCCCUAAUGGGAAAUGGAUCUGUCUGGUGCGCGAAGGUAGCGAGCUGAUGGUCCUCAAGACUGCGAUUGAGCCGUCUACUGGGGAGUUCUGCAUUCAUCACGGCUCUGAUCGACAGCGGCUGAGGAGACUGCAUCGCGAAGCCGCGCAGCUGGCAUCUCUCUCAUGGGUGGGCACGUACAGCAGACGCAUCUCACAUGUUGCCUUUUCGCCAGAUAGCCGGAUGCUCGCGACGGCGGACCUGGCCGGCUACGUAGAUACAUGGCUUGUGCGGGGCGGCGUUGACGGGCAGGAUGUGGAGGGUGGCGAUGACGCGUUGGCCGACCUGUCUCGGUCUCACGACUCCUCGACUGACGACUCUUCUGACGACGAGAGCGCGGCGCGUGUCCCCCGCGGCGCAUGGAUUCGUAAUCCAAAGGCCUCUCUAAUCCCGAAACUUCCAAGUGCCGCAACCGUCUUGUCGUUUUCGGGCGACGUCCCGAAGGGCCCGGCGGCACAGGACACCACACCUCGUGCUUACGAACUCUUGGCCGUCACAAGUACGUCACGACUACUGGUCUUUGACGCCGUCGGCGGGACCUUGAUUCCGUGGUCACGCCGGAACAGAUAUCCCCAAUUCCCGGAAGCCUUCCGCUCCAGCCGGGACCUCAUCAAGGGCGCUUUGUGGCAAGGCUCAAGGGUGUGGCUCUAUGGCCUCUCUUCGCUUUUCAUGUUCGACCUGUCCCAGGACCUGCCCUUGGAGAAUCAACAGGGCCGGGAACCUGACCACCCCAAGCAAGGAAUGAAGAGGAAGCGAGACAACAACACGAGCGGAGCUGGAGGCCGGAUGGGCACAGGCUGUCUCGAUUCGCUCAAGGUGCAGAAGGCGGUGUCCGCAGACAAUGGACGAACAACAGAGUGGGUCGAGAUGGAGAUGGAUGACGCGGACGAGGCUCGGCUCGAUGCACUGGAGCACGACGAAGACGACGAGUCUGACGGCGGUGAGCUCCAGGCCAUGCGGGCCGGUCGCGUCGCCGACGAGGAGGAGGCUAAAGAGAAAACCAGGGGCGUGGGAUUUUGGCACACUUUCAAAUAUCGCCCGAUAUUAGGUGCUGUUCCUCUGGAGUCGUUAGCUGCUGCGUCCGCGUCAGGGGCCGCCCGGCAGCGCCACCUAGAGAUGGCCCUUAUCGAGCGGCCGCUCUGGGAUGUGCUACCUCCGAGGUAUGUGACAGACAGCGAAAGAGACGACAGGACUUCUCGAGCCUAACCUUGAUGAUCAAGGGUCAGUCAGAUAAGCCCAGGCUUGCCGGGGCAGGACAUGUACCUACUUAGGUAUGGAGGCAUCGAGGCUAUCCAGGGCCAGAUGUAAAAUAAAGCAGACCGAGCGUCAUCUAUCUGUCUAUCUAUGUAUCAACCACCCUUUCGGCAUGCACCUCUUCCGUCACUACGUUUGCCCUAAUAAGCUACUUCCGAUCUGGUG